AUGGCGCUCAAUUCGCAAUUCAUUGCUUCAAUAUUUUCUGCUAGAAAUGAAAAUAGCUUCUCACUUGCGAAUGCGAGCGUGGACUUUGCUCUCGUCAGAGUGGAAGUUCCCAAGCAAUUCGAAGGAUUGGGCAAUGCACUCUCUCAACACCGUCGACAAAAUGCCGAGUCCGGGUCACAACAUAGAAUAGCUCGCAGGCUUGGGGCCUUGUUCGAGCAGAUUAUUCCGAACAUCGAAAUUCUCACUGCUGCAUAUGGGGAGAGAGCCUCAGAAAUUGCGACCUCGCCCCUAUUCGAUCUGAAGAACGUUGAUCACGGUCCGUUUUCCGGUCAUGUGGGAGUAGACGGCACUUCUAUCUACGCAGCAGUAUCUUCUGGACCAAGUAUCAUCGCACUACAUCUGCUUGCUUGUAUGCUGGCUCGAAUGUUUUCCAAUGUUGAGGCCACGGCUAUCUGGAUGCAGCUCGUUGACGGUCGGCUGAAAGAUCUCGAAAGGGCUUCCGAGACUUCUCAAAUACAGGGCCUUGCAGCUUUAUAUGCGGCGGAACAGGGCCGUCAGAUCUUGCGAGACGAUCUAGCGAGCUGGGACGCCAGCGCACGCGCGUGGUUGCAGACCGCGAACGAAGUGAAGAAGCGCGAAGAUACGCAAUUGAAACUCAUUGUCAAGAACAUUCCAUCAAUACACAGCUCCGGUACAACCUACUCAAACGUGGUGGAGAACUGGAUUUUGGCGAUGAAGACGGCCCAAGACCUGAUACAGGGCGUACCACAGGAUGUAACAAAUGGCUCUGUAAUAUUGGGACUCAUGUCAUGGCACAUCUAUCCAGACUUGAACGUCUUCUCUCCGAACCGAGAUGUUAAAUUCAACGAUCGGCUUGUUAAGCCUGGGGGCGUUAUCACUCUUGGGCUAGAGGCAAAAGAGAAGAAUUGCUCUGGAGUUAGCUGGUCAGUGUCGCUUUCACACUUGCGUUUCUAUGGAGAUCCGGUUGUUAUUGAAAAGCGAUUUGAAGAGGACAGUGACCGGAUCACAGUUGAAGAGCUCCGCUACAUCACUUUCGGAUGUGUCCUUGGAAGUUGGGCCCAGCCAGCAUCAAUUUAUAUCGAGGAAGCAGCAGAAUGUUUUUCCGCACUGGGAGAAGCCAUUGGAUAUUGCAGCAACUCGACCGACGAUAAAAGCUAUGAUAUCGCCCUAGGCUGGAUCACCCCUCUCAUUGAUACAGCAAAUAGUUUCCUAUCUGCUGUCGAAAAGGAGAGAGAGACAGCGCUCUACUUCAUUGAAUUCGGCCGACGGAGAGGCCGGAAUUUCCUGGACGAUAAAUUUCGCGAUAUUGUCCCCAUGUUUGGGCUGCUUAAUCCAUACCUUCUAUUCAGACUUUCGCCAGAUUUUUUUGAGCCCAAAUUUGACGAGGCGGCCCAGGGCGGUUUUAGUUACGAAGGCAAUUGGGAAUAUGCUUCCGCAGUUCCCAUCGCACGUCAAAGCAGAAAACGGGCUUACGGGGGAGAGCCCCAAGUUAUACAACGGAUUGGAGCCCCGGAGGAUUUUACUGGCUACCGGAUGAAACUGCCUUUAUGCGCAUUCAAGGCUGCAACUGUGCUAAAACAGACAAAGCGUCUUGUCACUCCUAUUGCCCAUGUGCGGAGCAAGGGCUCCAAUGCACUUCACAGUGUUUGUGCCUAUCAACUUUUGCGGGCACGGAGCGAAUUCUACAGUGCGCAAACGUUCGAAGCUGUCAGCCCACCUCAGGAAUACGCUCAGAAUUCUUGUUCAACAUACGAUAGCACAGACGAACAGUACGGUCGCUUUAUAAAUUCCCUAGAGGAGCCAGAGUACCAAUAUCACCCUCCUUGUUUGCGCAAUGCAACUGAGCCUGCAGGUCUAUUCUGGUCCGUGGAGGCGAAUGGAACCGCCGCGUUGCUUCUCAGAAAUUCAGCCGAGGUUAAGGUUCCCUCGUACACGCUUCCCAAGUUAACAGCUAUCCUUCGCUCCAGUGCCCUGGAUCCCAGCUUCUUGAGAGAAUACCUCGAAGAACUUCCAGAAACUGGAAUAAUGGACUGCUCAGAUUCUUUGGAUGGGGUGUAUCAACAAAGCGCUCUAUUUUUUAGAUCUUUGAGAGCCAUAUCUGCUAUAUCAGACUUGUACAGCGAUUGGCCGGGAGCGACGAUGUCAAUUGGCAUUACCAAGCAGCCCAUAGGGCGUGCAAACUGGGCUACUAAUGUUUUUGAUCAGACUGAACGCGAGGAAGAAAAGUUCUGGCGAGCCAUCAAGUUUUCGUGCCUGGCAAUGCUUGAAUCCGGUGGAUGCGACUUGCACCCAGACCAAGUUAAGCACGUCAUGGCCAUGGCGACCGGGAAUUCUAUCUAUACUUCAGAGGCCCUGCUUCAAGACCCGGCAUUGCAAGACCACUCAGGUAAACCACCUUUCAAGGGAAUUCGACGUAUUCAUGGUAACUUGGGCUAUCCUGGCGUUGUCAUGCUCAUCCCGCCCCCAGUGCCUCGGGUGCUGCAAGCCAACUCGAUGCGAGGGAGAUUUGUUCAGGCGGCUAGCUUUGAUGGACAGCCCAAGAACUCUUUCACUCAGACAUCCCUACACCUUAAGCUUACCGACUACAAAGUUCCAUUGGCUAAUGCUCGAGGCGCUGUUGACGCAGACAUUGUGAUGCGCGAGGCUUUAAUGUCAGUGUACGAUGGAUCAAGAUGGGUCGCUGAUUUGGACAUCAUACGUGCAUUACAGAGCCAAGACUUGACUCGUUUCUUCGGCUGCAGUUGCGUCCGCGACGAUGUUGAUAACAAAACUCUUUGUCAGCUUCUCGCCGACAAGUUCGGCAAUCAGCUCAAAGUAAUAACUUCAUGGGAAGAGCUUCUCUUAUACCAAGAGAAUUUAAUGGUUGGGGAGUUUGGUACUGUGCUUGUCUAUGGGAGCUGGUUUGCCCGACUGGCUGUGACAACAGUCGCAUUUCAGAUGAAAUAUCCUGCGAUUACUUUGCCAUCUCACUGCAUAUGUUUCCAAUGUGGACAGAAGAUUCUGGGGGAGGGUUCUUGGACUUCGCCAGUAAAAGAGUCGACGUCUCCCCUACUGUUUAUUAUAUAAUUCGCAAUGGCCAUCAUCUAUGGCAACUAAAUAUUAGACACAGC